GGCCUUCAGCCGUCGACUGUGCUAGCCAUUCGUGGUGUACACAAGUGUAGCCUACGGUCAAAUAUAAAACACACACACGCUCAUUCGUUAGUGUUAGUAAAACGACACCGCGCGAAUUACUAGCCAGGAGCUGCUAAGGACGGCUCGGUCGUCAAAGCAGCUUGGUUGAAUUUAUUUUUAAUUUUUUUUGCUGGUUUAACAUUUGCUAAGCUAGCAGUGCUAGUCGUUCCACUAUGGAUAGCCUCGAAACGCCGUACGACGAGGAGACUGAGUUUAUUGAAUGCACGGUCUGUGAUAAAUCCCUGAGGGGUGAUACCUUGUACAAGAUACACCUGACCACACCAGGACAUAUAAAGAAAGAGGAUGUCUUUGUUGCUUCGGGCCUUGCUGUCAGACGACAAACUAUACCUGAAUUUAAGGACAUUUUACAGUAUCUGGAUUACCUGAAGCUUGACGAGCCUAUCAUCGGCUUAAGCUAUUUGGAUGAAAUGCCCAGUACUGACCCACUAGGAGGCCCCAAAUACAUGUGUAGGCUGUGCAAUCAGAUGGCAGUCCUAGCCGAAAUGGUCUGUCACGUGAUCGGACGGAAACACAGACAGAAAUAUGUGGAAGUGAAGCGGCCAGACUUGGUGACCUGGGAUAAACAAACACAGGGAGGAAAGAUCAUACGUACCAGAGCAGAAAUAAUAGAGAGACAGGAUGGACGAGGACAUCCAAGGUUAAUGGCAAAAACGGGGAUUGAAGGCAACAUCUUAAGAGUUCCCCCAAAGCUGAAGCAAAUUAGGGACCAAAGAAUCCCACAGACAGUCCAACAAGAAGUGCCACCACUCCUACCAGAACUCAAGGACUAUCACCGAAGAAAGCACCUGAUGGGUUACCAGAACACACCCACGUUCCAGCAAGAUGAACCCAAUGUGAACAGAGACAGACGCAGUGAAUGGGAGGACACGCUCAGCCACGAUCGCGUUGAAGAGGACCUGUGGACGGAAGAUCGCAGUGAAAGUCGCAUGUACAGAGAAGACUAUGUGAAAUCAGAUUAUCGUAGCCAGUAUGAAGAGAAUUAUCCUCAAGAGCCACAGAGAAGUGCAGUGUUUGAGUCAGAUGAUGUUCCCAGGCAAGAUUACAGGGAGAAGAUGCCUCAUGGACAGGCUUGGCAUGGAGAGCAUUACCCAGGAGAGGCUUCUCCUUAUAAGAGACCCUACUCAGAAAGAGAUCCUCUGAAGGACUUCUUCGCUGACGAAGUUAGGCGUAGCCAAGUUCGUUCUGCUGAGUACUCGCCUGCAGAGCAGCUGUACCCUCAAGGUGAUGAACGACGGUGGUCUCUGGAGAGGGAUUCUGGUAGACCCGACAGUAUGAGCAGACCGGGAUCCAGUGAACCAGAGGCCAAGAGGAGGAACUUUGCCACACCAAUGGAGAGCGAACGAUCGCGUGACCAUUUGUUUAAUAUAAUAAGAGAUUAUCAUCACGAAAUGAGAGAACCACACGAAGCGGAGGUAAUCGACAACUCUGGGCCGAGCAGAACAGGAGCCCCUACCUCCCAGAGACGAGUUGAAGUCACUCGGACAAUUUCUGACAUCCCAGAGCCAUUUAGGCGAUUCCUGAAAGGGGCUGAUAUUGAUGAGGGACAGGGCAAAAGAAAAAGAAAGAGUCGCUUCUCUGAUGCCACUCCAGAAGAACUGGAAAUGACAAAAGAGCUGUUCAGCAAUAAAUAUGGGCCAUCCAAUCCAAAGUAUGCCGAUAAUGGAAGAUCAGCUGGUGUGUCCUUGAGGCCUGAAAUCAGCGGGACACAAUAUUCAGACUUCUACAGAGAAUCACAGAGUCCACAUCAUAGUGAGAACUACCACAGAGGAGGCUCUGAGUCAGAGGGUGUCUUUGAUAUGCUGAAAAACAUUGAAAUUGAGAAUGCAGAAGAGGCUGACUUCCUGAAGAGCAAACUUUGCAACCUUUUGAAAGAAUUCAAAAGCAAAAAAUCUGAGAAAGCUGUGCAAAAUAGCCAAAGCCGAACAGGCCUCUCUAGGAAUUAUAGUGAGCUAAACCUGGAGCCACAGCUGCAUCAGCGACACCCGUAUGAGAGAUCGCUGAAAGAAGAUUCUGACCACAGACCAUCACAAAACCUCACUUUCAGCGAUGAUCCCAGACGAGGCUGGACGCAGCGUGAGCAUGUAUCGGAGGAGCUGCACCAAGACUACCACCAUUCUGUACGCGAGGAACCCAGACAGCCAAACAGAGGCCGUUAUGAAGAUGUUUUUGGGACAUCACACAAUACUCAUUUAGAUGAGCCAACACGUUAUCCUGACAGAUUUCAAGAACCCAUGCGCCCUCGUGACUACCAACCUGCUGUUAAAGAGUUUUUCGACUCUGACCCCUCUGCAUCUCCCCUCCACAUGGAACAAGGAUCCAGGAUGCUCAGGGCCUCCCGGUACUCGACCAAAAUGGACAAAAUCACCUCCACCCUCCUGGAGCUUGUGGCGAGGAAAUAAUUAUCAUCAUCGUCAUCUUUUGUGGAAUGGCUUUGUAAACUAAAAAUUGAUACUUCUGAUAGAACAUGUUGGUUGGAAAAUAUGAUUUUCCUUUUUUGAAAUCUUUUUGUUAUAGGUUGUUUACUUUUUGUUAAGUCAUUAAAAUGGCAAAGUUUGAG